AAAAUACAAUUGAAGUUAUGCCCAAAACCCUAUUAAUUAAUGAUAUUUGUCAUUCUUGAAACAAAAUUACACAUUCCCCAUGGUGAACAAUCAAUGAAUCCAAGACCCAAACUCAGAUCACCUCCACCUCCACCUCCUUCCAUCACCAAAUCCUUAACCCCAAACAACAAAAUGCCCCGAAAACUAACUCUCAAACCAACUCUCACACUUGCCACUACUCUAUUCACCAUCUUAGCUUUAUACGCUUUCUUCAACACCUUCAUCUUCUCAACAAACCCACCACCAAACAAUGUAACCACCAUCAGCUUAAGCACCAGAACCUCAAACACCCAAAAUACCCCUGGUGCAAAAUCCGUGAAAAUCUACAUGUAUGGUUUGCCAAGAAAGUUUACUUAUGGGGUUAUUGAGAGCUAUGCAUUAGCAAGGGGUGGGGUAAAACAAAGUGAUGAUUCUUUGCUUAAGUAUCCUGGAAAUCAGCAUUCUGCUGAGUGGUAUUUGUUUUCUGACCUGACCGGGUCGGGUCGUGAUCGGGUCGGGUCGGCUGUGAUACGGGUUAUGGACCCGGAGGAAGCUGAUCUGUUCUAUGUUCCUUUUUUUUCGUCGUUGAGUCUUGUGGCGAAUCCAAUUAGAUCGAAUAGUGUUGUUGCAAAUGGGGAUAGGCCUGUGUAUAGUGAUGAGGAAAUGCAGGAGUCUUUAAUUGAAUGGUUGGAGCAGCAGCAGUAUUGGAAAAGGAACAAUGGCUGGGAUCACGUGUUUAUAUGCCAGGAUCCUAAUGCUUUAUACAAGGUUGUGGAUAGGGUGAAGAACGGGGUGCUGUUAGUUUCUGAUUUUGGAAGGCUGAGUCGUAAUCAGGCAUCUCUCGUUAAGGAUAUCAUCUUGCCCUACUCACAUCGGAUUAAUACAUACACUGGGGAUAUUGGCGUUGAAAAUCGGAAUUCCUUGCUCUUCUUCAUGGGCAAUCGAUACAGAAAGGAGGGGGGGAAGAUUCGUGAUUUGCUUUUUCAAUUACUUGAGAAAGAAGAUGAUGUCAUUAUAAAACAUGGUGCACAAUCUAGGGAGAGCCGUCGUGAGGCAAGAAAAGGGAUGCACACUUCAAAAUUUUGUCUGCAUCCAGCUGGUGAUACUCCAUCAGCUUGCCGCCUUUUUGAUGCUAUUGUGAGCUUGUGUGUCCCUGUAAUCAUCAGUGAUUACAUUGAAUUGCCUUUUGAGGAUGUUAUAGACUACAGGAAAAUUGCAGUUUUUGUAGACACUAACACAGCUGUGAAGCCGGGGUUCUUGGUUAAAAAGCUCAGGAAAGUAAGCAUGAAGAGGAUUUUGGAAUUCCAACGGGAGCUGAAAAAGGUUUAAGCAGGAUCUGCAAGAGUUUUGACAGGGACAGCAAAGCAGCAAAUGAGCAAGGAUCGAUGAAUGUUUCUUACUUUCCACCGUCUAUAUGGAUAUUCUUUACCCGUUGGAUCACUGAAAUCUUUGAUAUUGUGAUUUCUGCAUCUCAAGUUGGUCUCCUCUAUUGCUCAAAUCUGCAAAAUGGAUGCAGUUUUUGUUCUCAAGUUAUAAAAUUAGUUUGUUUUGGGCAUUGCUUCAAGAGACAAACAGACAAAGAUCAUGUUGUUCAGGUUCAGAUCUGGGUCAAAUGCUAGGAAAUCAUAAGCAAUAGAUACUAUAAAAUAUAAUUUGUGUGAGCCAAAUGUAGCUUCAAGAGGUUUGAUAAUUUUUUAGUUUGAAUUUAUCAUUUUCUUUUACUAGUUCUUCAUUAAGUGUUACUAGAUCUUUCCUCUGAACACUGUAAAAAAUGGUGCCAAUAUAUGGAAACUUCCUUAGUUAAGCUGAAGCUGUUUGAACGUAUCCCAACCCACCCACCAACACACACACACACAACCAAGGAGAAAGAAUAUCUUAUCCUCAAAUUACAUUACAAGAAAUUCUUUUUCCAGCUGCAUCCUCUUCUCUUUUCUCCAGAAGAAGUUCAGUUAUCUCAGAUCAGCUGAAUCAUUCUCAAAAAGAAUAUUGUUUAUUUGGAAACAUAGAUGAGCUCCGUAGGUACUUGACUCAUCUAAUUGCUAGCAAAGGAAGAUGAUCUCUUAUCCAGCUAGUUCUAAUGCUUUAGGUCAGCGAUUUAGUCAUGAAGUGGAGAAAAUAUUGGUGGCUAGAACAGCUAGGUGAUUCCGGAAACAGUUCCUUGCAUGUAAACCAUAUUAUGGUCUGUUUGGGAUAGGUUGCUGUGUUGCUUGUUCCUCCAUGUUAUCUUUCCUGAAUUUACUUCAAGUGUUUCAUGCUUUACUUAAUGUGGACUCUUUAAUAUCUAAUCAAACAUAAAGAAACCCUUUGAUUUUGCAUGUUUGGACCUUUUUGUUUUCUAGAACGAAGUGUUUUACAUAUGUACUCUUGAAAU